UCUCCGGCUGUGCAGCCCGGCGCUGAGGCUGAGUCUGAGGCGCAGUUCAGGCACCAUCACCGGCGGAGCGAUACAGCCAUCUCCUCUCAGCUGCUGUUCGUCAAAGCGAGGGUGUGUGGCUGCUCACUGUACCUGAGCGCGUCCGUCACGUACAACAGGGGCGCAGAGGAUCCGAGCCUGACCGAGGGAGUCUGUGCGUAAUUCUGGGAAAUGCAUCAAACGUCGAGGAGGAUCUCUGCGCGCCUGCUGCUGCAGCUGCUGCGGAUGUUUUGCAUCUGAUGAAGAUUUUUUUUUUCUGGUCGUUCUUAUUUUGAUGCGCUCCUGUGGAUGAUGAAUAUGUUCAUUCUGGUGCUCUAGUGUAGCGCGUGAGUGGCCUUCGGCGAGCAGGAGCUGUUGUCGGGGCUUGUUGACAUGCGUUCCCCCUGAGCUCGACGACGCCUUCCCCGGUGGUGCGGUGACAGGAUGCCGGUGCAGGCAGCCCAGUGGACAGAGUUCCUGUCCUGUCCCAUCUGCUACAAUGAGUUUGACAGCAGCGGCCACCAGCCCAUCAGCCUGGGCUGCUCCCACACAGUGUGCAAGACCUGCCUGCACAAACUGCACCGCAAGGCCUGCCCCUUCGACCAGACACCCAUCAGCACCGACAUCGACCUGCUGCCGGUCAACUGUGCCCUGCUGCAGCUGGUCGGAGCUCAGAUCCCUGAUAUGCAGCCGGUGAGCCUGAGUGGUGCAGCAGAGGUGGAGCACUAUGAGGUCUGCAGGGUGUGUGUAGAAGAGCUGGCUCUCUACCUAAAACCUAUCAGCGGAGCAAAAGGUGUUGCAACACUGAGUCCGAGCCUGCUCAGUCGGCCCAUGCAGAGGAAGCUGGUGACCCUGGUGAACUGCCAGCUAGUGGAGGAGGAGGGCCGUGUGCGGGCGGUGCGGGCGGGCCGGUCGCUGGGGGAACGGACUGUGACCGAGCUCAUCCUGCAGCACCAGAACCCCCAGCAGCUCUCUGCCAACCUGUGGGCGGCGGUGCGGGCGCGAGGAUGUCAGUUCCUUGGACCUGCUAUGCAAGAAGAUGCACUGAAGCUGGUUUUACUGGCUCUGGAGGACGGCUCGGCUCUGUCCAGGAAGGUGCUGGUUUUGUUUGUUGUCCAGAAGCUCGAGGCUCGGUUCCCCCAGGCCUCCAAAACCAGCAUAGGCCACGUGGUGCAGCUGCUCUACAGGGCCUCCUGCUUCAAGGUGACUAAGCGUGAUGAGGACUCUUCACUAAUGCAGCUGAAGGAAGAGUUUCGCACAUACGAGGCUCUCAGGAGGGAACACGAUGCCCAGAUUGUCCACAUCGCCAUGGAGGCGGGCCUGCGGAUCUCACCUGAGCAGUGGUCGUCUCUACUGUACGGAGACCUGGUCCACAAGUCACAUAUGCAGUCCAUCAUUGACAAGCUCCAGUCUCCAGAGUCGUUUGCAAAGAGCGUCCAGGAGCUGACAAUCGUUCUGCAGAGAACAGGAGACCCGGCCAACCUCACGAGCCUUAGACUGCACCUCGAGCUACUGGCUGACAUAGACCACAACCCAGACGCCCCAGCGCCAUCAUGGGAGGAGCUGGAAAGCGUGAUGCUGGCUGUGAAGUUGGUGGUUCACGGACUGGUGGAGUUCAUACAGAACUUCAGCAAGAAGAGCCACGACACUCCGCAGCCUCAAGCCAACAGCAAGUACAAGACCAGCAUGUGCCGGGACCUCCGUCAACAGGGUGGCUGUCCCCGGGGAACCAACUGUACAUUCGCGCACACACAGGACGAACUGGAGAAAUUUAGAUUGAGGAACAAGAAGAGCAACAGCGUGGGCCGCGCAUUUCCGUUGGCGCCCGGGGUUAUGGGUAAAACCUUCACCAUGGAGGGCAGCAUCCACGAAGACGUGUCCGCGGGAGUGGUAGAGGGGCUCAAAGGCACAGGGGACAAUGCAACUACCCUGACAGACGGUGUUCCUGUCCUGACUCACCCACAGCUUAUCACCAGAGGGGCUGACAUGAUUGAGGAAAUGAAGAGGGUGGUGCCAAAUGGAACCAGUGGGGCGAACGGGUGCAACGGGCUACCUGGUACCAACAGAACCAUGUCGGGUGCAAUGGAACAGAAGCCCAUCUCUCCUCCCAGGACUCCAGUCAGCCACUCAGCAUCAUCUCCCUUGACCACAGUCGUGCGGGGUGACGGUGGUGCUCCGAUGCCCAAACACGGUCAGUUCAUGCUGCGUGCGCCACAUCCUUCACAGGCGACAGAGCUGUACUAUCAGGAGCCCCACUCUGCUUAUGACACGGGCCAUUAUCAACAAACCUCAGGUUCUUAUUACCCAUCUACUCUACAUCAUCCUCACAAACCCUGCAUGGCUCGCUUCCUCAGGUCGUCCAAUGUCCCAGAAUCCCCUCUGCCUCCCUCCAUUGGCCCUCCACCGACUUCGUACCACAGUGACCCUCAAACGCCUCACCCACCCUCCUCCUCUUCCUCGGGGUACCCACCACACCCACCCAGAGAUCGGAUGGGCCCCGCCUUCCAUCCCCACCCGGGGCAGCCUCAGUAUGGGCCUCUGGCUCCUGCUCAUGGGGUUUACGCUCCGCUCUACGACAGCAGGAGAGUAUGGAGGCCUCAGCUGUACCACAGAGAGGACGCCAGGAGUAACUCGCUGCCUCCAGAGGUGCUGCAUUCCUCCGUCUACCAGCCUCCACUCAGGGAGAGAUUCAACUCUCUAGACAGCAACUACUGCUCUGGAGCGGACCACCGCACAGGGCUUCACAGGGAUUACAGUCGUGUUCCUCUGGGCUACGAGGAUCUGUUCAGGAGGAAGCAGGAACAGUGGGCGCAUCAUCACCACCAUCACAACACCAACAGACCCUCCCAGUCCUCCCCCAUCUUCACCAUCGACUUUGGAAAUGAGCAUUUGGAGAACAGCGGAGGUCAGUGUGUCGGAUGCAGGUUCAGAGGAGAGGAAAGCUUAGCGCACUACUCCCCGUGGUCCUGUGGCCCCAUCGGCCCCUGCCUCAGCCCCUUUGAGCCUGAAACACUGACGCACGCCUCAGCUCACUCCUGCUCGGAGCACCAGGAGUUGGACGCUAACGGAGGCAGAGGCGGCGGAGGUAGCGGCAGCAGUGUCGGGAAGCGGUGGCUGCAUUCGUUGGAUCACUACCGGCGCUUAAAAGACGAGGAUCCCAUCAUUCCCUUCAGCGAGGGGCCCAUCAUCUCCAAGUGGGGUGCCAUAUCCAGGGCGUCACGCACAGGCUACCACACCACCGACCCGGUUCAAGCCACGGCCUGCCAGAGAAGCUCCAGCACCACACCCAUCAACUUUAAAGAUUAUAACCCACACUUGGAUCACAGUGACUACAGAUGGGGCUCCAGAGGAUCAGACUCUUCCAGCCACUCCAGUUUCCUCGAAAGUGAGCAGCUUUGUGCAUCAGAGCUUCACGGCCGGCGAACCUCGAUAAGCAGUGGAGAGAGAAUCGUGAGCUGUAAUCUACAAGCGCAUCAGGCCGUCUACAGCCAGGAACGGGAGCGAGCCGAGAGCGAGCCGGACCCGGGCCGAGACAUUGAGCUGGAACUGUGCGCUCUGGACAUGGAGGAUUCAGACCCCCAGGAGAGCAAGUCUCAGGAGUCUUUAGACCUGAUUACUCCAACAUCUCAAGAUGCUUCCCACCUGCUCCCGCCUCCCUGCUCCUCUCCCCUCCUCUCAUCCCCUGUGAAGGAACACCCCCGAACAGAGGGUACUUUGACAGAGAAGAUGGACGCUCACCUGCUGAAAAAGAUGGCCUUCAGAAAGUCUCUGUCUCCAGGCGGGUUGGUCUCAAGGGGUCUUGGCGUCGGCAAGCUCGUGCUGCGAACCGGACCCUCUCGACUGGGAGACACUUCCACCGCUUCCACAGAGAUGCUUCUGAAUGGAAGCUAAAGGGAUGCAACGUCAGACAGUGUGACACGUACUACGUUGGCGCUGAGCUGCCAGCGCACAAACUGAUCCUGUUUGAAGGCAGUACCAUUGAAUUCCAGCCUUCAUAUAUGUAAAUCAUAUGCCUAAAUAAAACCUGACAGAUAGAGCUCAGCAGUCUGUGCUGCACACAGAACCCGCGAGGCUCCAGAGAAAACCCACAGUCCUGCCUGUUAAGUGGUCAUUUUUACCACAGAGAAUUUAGUGAAAUCACUGUUAAUGAUUCAUAAGGUCCACGAUCAGUUCACCCUCACAGAUGCUGAACUUGUCCCUGUUUGAGGUUAAACACUGGAGAUCUCACAGAAUCUUUUCUCCUUUAUUGAGGUUUACACAAUAAUCCAGUUGUCGGUCAAAGACGAUUUUCUUGAGGCCACUUUUUCAGUUUACUUUAAGAUUUCUGAAAAAACACUGGUUUAUUAUUAAACCCGAGAUAAAUCUCCAAGCAAAAUAUUAUACAAACUUGGCAUUAUUCAUCCCUCUUUGUGGACUAGUGGAUAUCUAACACAUUUUCUCCAUGUCUCGUUACAUGUUAAUGAAUUUGUUUAUGCCGCUGGUUUCGUUUGAAGGCUUUGUUGUGUUGCUGCGUAACACAUGAACAAAAGUAUUUCCUGAAAAAUAGAGAUAAGCGCAAUAAUGCUGAGAACAAAACUGGAUAGGCCGCUCAAACCCUCCAAUAAAAUAGAAGGAAAAAACUGCAGACUACAGAGGUCUCCACUGUGGCGACAGUGAAACGAGCCUCUGUAUUUUAUGAGUCAUAUGAUCUUUUAAAUGUUGACCUCCGAAUUCCCUUGACUGUCACGAGAUCACAGAGCACAACGACACAGUCAUAAAGAGAAUUUGUUAAUGAUCAUGAUCCCUGAAAGUCACGAGGGAGCAACAAAGUAAAGAUGAUCUUUUUUUAUAUCCCUUAUUUAUUAACCCCUUAAAAUAUUCCCUUAGUCCACUUGUGUUGCGUAACUUAAGAACUCAAAGCAAUUCUUGUUUUGAUGGAGCUGUAUUUUGUCUAAUUUAGUGGAUUUCUCUGAACGACACAUUAACUCACAAUCAAACUCUCUCACGCACACAUGAAAUACAUGUGUGCUCACACUGAACACACAUGCACACACAUACAUGCAAUACAGUGGCCUUCCUGUCGUUGGUGUUGUAUAAAACUCAACACUGGGCUCUCCAUAUUCUCCUUUCAGAGGCGUGGUCUCAGAAAAUGAACAAUGGACAUCACAUUUCUAUUUGCCCACAGCUUAUUUUGUCCCUUCACAUUCACACACUUAAAAUAUUCAAAGGUCCUGCAUGAUUUUUCCAACGUGAGAGACGCCAUUUCAUUUUGCAUUUCUUCAUGGAGUUUUUGUUUUCUUUUAUUUCACACGUUGCUAACUUCCGUGAAGUUGUCCGAUCUUUGUUACUGUUGUUUGUUAUGUUUGAAUUCUCGUGUUCCUCUGUGUUCGCUCGUCAUCAGAUGUGCACCUUAAACCACCAAAGUCUAGUUCACUGUAACAUUGUGCGGUAUGGGGGAUUUCCAUACAGACCAGCCUUGCCUCGCUCCCCUUUUUUAUAAAUAUGAGGCGUCUUGUUGCAUUAACCCAUCUUAUAUAUUUAUAUACAGGAUUCAUGGACUGGAGACUCCACUGAGUUUGUUUACACCUCUUCUAAAUCUUAUGAGAUUUGUCUAGAAACGAAUCUCUGAAUCUUCCACGUUCACUCUUCGAUUUCCUCCCACCUCAGCUUCUGUACCUUCUCAAAAUUCAUCAUGAGAGGCAAAGCCCUUCACGUUAUAUCUUAAAUCCAGUUUUAGAGGAUGGCAGAAUGGCUGUACACAUGAGGGAAGGUUUUGUGACCUUUGGGGAAGGUGUCUGUCUUUCUCCCGCCUGACUGCUGAGACAAGCGAGUAAAGAAAGAAUGAAACCGAACGAUUCAGUCUGACUUGAUGUGAGGAUGCUGCUGUGUUCAUUUCUGACAGUAAAAAGGCGAGAGCUGCUGUGGGGAUUCAGCCGCUCCCAUCCAUAAAGAUUAGCCUCAGCUACACUUUCGCUCUGCAUCUGUUUACAAUUUCACCUUUGAGGUCAUGUAAGUGCCAUGUUAUGUACAGUAUAGUACAGUACAAUCAAUCCCUGCAAUCUCUCCUUUUGCUUUUCGUAUUGCUUGGCUGUGGUGAGGAGGGGGGAGAGGACGAGUCAAGUUGAAGAAUGAUUGGUACUCCUCUCGCAGUUCCGAUUUGCUCCAUUAGAGGAGGCCACAUCCUCGUCUGUGUGAGUCGCUCAGGGAAGACUUCAGUUACUCAGCUCGUAGUUUGGCUUUUUUCUUAUAUUCAUCACUUUAGAUAUUCAGUGUACAGGUAUUCAGCGACGGAUCCUUUCGCCCCGAAGAGUAUAUGGGUUAAAGUGUUACCGCUGAUAAUAUUGUUUGCCAGUGUUUGCUUUUGCCUCUUGGUAUCAAUAUUGGCUUUGCUAUACUCGCUCUCUGGGACAGGGCUGGGCACUGCUCUGUGUAAAAAAACAGCAUUGUGAGUAUUGGUGAUACUCAAUGUUUCCUGCUGUAGUGGCUAUAACUGCACUGCACUGAUCUCCACCCCAUCACUGCCAACAGGUGCACUCUGCCAGGGAGUGUCACCAACCCCCACUUUCCUUUUUUACCCCGUCCCUGCAUCCGGCCUCAUGCAUGCGAUGUAGUCCCUCUUGUGAUGGCGGAGGAGUACUGAUGAUUCUGUAGUUGUGAUACAACACACCCAGCGCUGUAAGAAUUCUGCACAUGCCCACUGUGUGGCCACGUCAAGUGCUGAAGUUUGCUUGCAGCAUUUUACUCGUUUGCUCAUGAAAAUGAAUUAUUGUUUAAUAGAGAUUAUAUUGUUAUUACUAUGACUAUUGUUAUUACCACAUUUGGUUGUUGUUGUGGUAUUUCUUUCUUUCCUUUUUAGUAUAUUCUAAGUCUGCUUCUUUGUUUUGGAUAUUGAGAAUUUGCUAAAAAAAAAGUAUGAAAUUUUUUAUUAGACAAGAAAGUCUCAUCAAUCUAUAUUAUAUGGAGAAAAAGUAAAAAGCUUGUUUGUUGAUUGUGAAACUUAUGAUGAACUGAUGUUUUCUGACUAUUCAUGUCUGUAUUAGACAUUUUAUUUGCAAAUCUAUUGUUCGAUUGAAAUGUAAAUGAACUAUUAAGAGAUGGUACACAUCUGUCAUUGUAUACAGUCUGGCACCAUCAUUAGAUGGACUGAUAUAGUAUAGACGCUCAUUUAUACAAUCUGUGAUAAUCAUCUAUAUUUAAAUGUUUAAAUCAUUGGGGCAGCUGUGUAAUGUUUCAGAAUGAGGAAAAUAAAAAUCCUUAAAGAGACAGCAUAUCUAAAAUGUCCCCAUAAUGAAUAAUACUGUUACGUAUUCCAUUUAUUUCCUUGGAAAUAUCACAUUGUGAAAGGUUUCCCUUUUACUUAACUGUACGGUAAUGCAGGACUGGAGUAGGUCUAACCUAUGGUGAUGACGAUUUAUUGUAUGUGUUAUUGACGAUUUAUGAAACUGUUUGAGUAUCGUUUGACUGACUGAUUCUUCUGUGCAUUUUCUGGCUCCUUCACUUGUAUUACACUGACGUAUACAGACAGCUUGGCCGAGCAGCGUUCUGCUUCUCUGUUGCACUGAGAGAUGGAUUUACAAAAAGCAGGAUUUUUGGCACAUGGAAUUUGCAUGCUACAAUAAACCGAGAACAAA